UGUUCAAGAUUUCACGGAAAAGUACUAUAUAUGUUAAAGCAAUUGUUUUGCUAAGCAACGAAACUGAAACGAGCUGUUGGCCUUUAUUUUACAACAUAUGGGUGUCAUAUAUAACUACGUUUUCACAUUGGAAAGGAGUUUUUUUAUGUCUAUGGAUUAUACAGAUAUAUUUUUCAGAUCAAAAAGGAAUCAACAUAAUAAUAAACUAUUUGCGUCAUAGAAUAGAUAAAGGAAUUAUAUACAUUUGUUCAGAUAAACCAUAUAUAACUAUUUAAACAUGGCUACGCUAGAUUUCUACACAUCUUCGUAUUUUGAUAAUAGCUCUGUUGUCCCUUUUAGUCCAUCAAAUAAUGUGGUUCCCAUUUAUGUGCUUGUCCUAAGCAUCGCGAGCUGCUGUCUGUCACUGAUCGGAAUAUUUUGCAUUUUUGUAUCCUACGUCGCCAUUGUUACUAUUCGGAACUAUAUUAGAAAACUUUUAAUUUUCUUGACCAUAGCUAAUCUAAUACAUGUGCUUGGGAUAAUAAUUGGAAUAGUGAGAUACAUGUUGCUGGAGUUCACCGAUGAAAUAUAUCAAAAAGAAAGACAAGUGUGCCUUUUUCAGAGCGUCGUAGUUUCCUUUGCACCAUGUAGUUCGUUUUUCUGGACAGUUUUUAUCGCCAUAUAUUUUCAAGUGCAAAUAUUAAGACCCAGCUGGGCUCAAAAACUGUCGAGCAAGCAAGCAACCGUGGCGUAUCACGUGGUGUCAUGGGGCGUUCCUGGAUUAACCUGUAUUCUUGCGCUGUACUUUAAAGUAUUUGGAGACACAGAGGAUAUUUUUACGGGACCUUGGUGCUGGAUAAAGACAAAUCCAGAGAGGAAGACUGCUAUACUGUGGAUGAUUUUGACAGUAAAGGGAUGGGAACUACUUUCGUAUCUAGUUCUGGCGGAAGUUCUUGUAUUUGUUGUUUAUAAAACGUCUAUAUUACCUAGAUGUCUCCGACGGCGUGGCGGACAGUAUUUGGAAAUACACGACUCGAAUGUGCAAACAUCUACAGGACUUAGACGAGGGGAUAAAAAUUUUGUGUUUAUUUGGCUCAUAUUCUAUGUACUACGUUUCGCAGGAACAUUUCGUUUUCUUCUGCACGUUACGUAUGGACCCUUACAUGAACAAAUGAGAAUUACAGACAGAGUGAUGUUGGCUUGGCAAGCGUUUGGCGAUACUGCACAAGCGUUCGUCAACUUUAUUUGUCUUUGUGUAUUUGACAGAGUAAUCAGACAACAUUAUUGCAGUCGUCUGUCAAGAAACGACAGAAAUGAUCAAAUGGCUAAUAACGGAGGAGAGCAAGGCAUAAAUAUGUGAUGACGUAACAAUUGUCAUGCACGUGACUAAAGAUGAAACAAAAGGUGCAUAAAUAAGUGACGAAACGCAAGUUUUGUGAAACAUAACAUAUGACAUGUAUGAAUUAUAUUAACUAUCACAUCCACGUACAGUAAUGAAUGUAUGUUUAAACGUUGUCAUUCAGAGGAAAACAAGUUUUGACCGAUUGACAAAGUUACAUCAAUAUAAUAUUACAUGACUUGUAUAAUAAUGUGAAGCUAUUAACCAUUACCUUCCAGGCAUCAUUAAUCGCUGCCACGGGCAAGCCUACAAAUCCGUUCAGUGUAGGUAGGCUGACUAGGUUCUAUACUAUUUGGUAGAUGUUUGUUUUUCAAUUUUGAUAUUAAAUCCCUUACACUUUCAAUGGACCGUUCCAAAAUCUAAAACAGAGCAAAUCCAUAGCACAAAAUUUGAAUGUAAGUGAUUAAUAUUUUGUUACUGUUAAUACGUUAACAGAAUGCAAUUAUAUUGUCAUUGGUUGAAAUUUUCAAGUCAUUAUUUCAUUAUUUUUGUAUGAUAUUCUUAUUGCUUUGAUGAAAGAAAUAGAAAAUAUUUGUUUGAUUCGCAUGUAAGAUCAAAAUAUUUUUCACAGAGUGAACACAUGAUGGAAUAAUUUCACAAGUGGCGUAUGAGUGAAUAUGUAAAAGAGCUGGUGUUAACGAGUGACAUAUAUUUUGAUCUAACAUACAAAUCAAAAAUAUUUUCUUUUUAUAUCCUGCUUUUAAAGUAUUUUUUUUACUUUUACGUCAUUUUUUUGGCUUGCCCUCUCACUCAUAACGUCAUCAAAUCAAUACGUCACAUUGUUCUUAUUGAAAAAUAAUUUUUAUUAUAAAAAAUGAUAUAUAUGCAGAUAUUAACGUGCCUUUUGUAAUAAAGCAUAUUUUACCCAUGACGGAGUGCAUGUCGCAGUAUUUCGACUUAUUUAAUAAUCAGCAUUCAGAUAUGUGUCCGAAUUCUGUGAAAAUUAUAUUGUGAUAAUUCACUGUGACAUUACCGCAAUAUAGUUUCGUUCUUCACUGAAAACAUGUAAUAAUUCAUCCGCGCCAUGACAAAACCAACAUAAUGCAUUUGCAACCAGCAUGGAUCCAGACCAGCCUGCGCAUCCGCGCAGUCUGAUCAGGGCUUACAAUACCUAUUACAAGUAGAUAAACUGAUAGCGAACAGCAUGGAUCCUAGAUGUGCAGGCUGGUCUGGAUCCAUGCUGGUCGCAAACUCACUAUGUUGGUUUUAUCAUGGCGCGGCUCAAAUAUCUAUAUGAUGUGCAUGCUUUUCAUUUCGAGUUAUAGCUUAAGUAUGGAAAAUUAUAUGACCUAGAUAUGUAAAAGAGCACAAAAAGUAAAUGAUAACAUUUAUGUAAGUUAUUUUUUAAAUAUCAUUUGUUAUAUUCACAAUAAAAAUAUCGGCUGUUG